AGAUCUGCCCACGCGUUCUCUUUCUCCACAUUUCCCCAAGAGCAGCGGAAAAUGAGUAAAUCCCUGGGGCCCGUGUCGUUCAAGGACGUGGCCGUGGGCUUCACACAGGAGGAGUGGCAGCAGCUGGAGCCGGUGCAGAGGAGGACUUACCGGGAGGUGAUGCUGGAGAACUACAGCCACCUCGUGGCCGUGGGGUAUCACAUGGUCAAACCUGACGUCAUAACCAAGCUGGAGCGAGGAGAAGAGCCUUGGCUAGCGGAAGAGCUGCUUCAGCCCUAUCCAGAUGAAGUAUGGCAAGCUGGUGGUCUGCUGGGGAAAGUCUUAGAACGUGAAGAUAAGCAUUCAGAGGCAGCCGUGUUCAACAGCAGCAAAGCCCUGGCCGAGGAGGGAGAGAGAGUUCCUGGUAAAACUGCUGUCCAGGUGAAGCCUGUUGCUCCAGCAGGUGCAGCCGCUCCGUGUGACUCAGAGUGUAUCAGCAGUGAUGGAAGCUAUGCAAGAAUGAAGCUUGAUGAGUGCAGUGGGUGUGAGAAGCCAGUCCUCCACAUUAAGCGUGAGAAAACUCAGCUAGAAGAUACAUCCUGUAGAUUUAAUCAAACUGGAGAAGCCUACACUGUAAAUGAAGAAAACAUUUAUCAGAAAAUUCGUGUUUUGGAGAAACCUUUUGAAUUUGUUGAAUGCCAGAACGCAUUCCAAAAGGGUACAGUGUUCGAUCAUCACAUGGAAGAGAAGUCCUACAACUGGAAUGAAUCGGAAUUAGCUUUUCUGCAAAUGUCCAACCUCAGUGUCCAUCAGAGAGCCCAUGUGGCAGUGAAGCCCUACGAAUGCCGUGAGUGUGGGAAAUCCUUCUGCAAGAAGUCCAAGUUCGUUAUCCACCAGAGGACUCACACGGGAGAGAAGCCUUACAAAUGCACUCAGUGCGGGAAGUCCUUCUGCCAGAAGGGCACCCUCACCGUGCACCAGAGGACCCACACAGGGGAGAAGCCCUACGAGUGCAGUGAGUGCGGGAAGAACUUCUACCAGAAGCUGCACCUCAUUCAGCACCUGCGCACCCACUCGGGAGAGAAGCCCUACGAGUGCAGCUACUGUGGCAAGGCCUUCUGCCAGAAGACCCACCUCACGCAGCACCAGAGAACACACUCAGGAGAGAGGCCCUAUGCUUGCCGUGACUGCGGCAAGACCUUCUCACAGAAGUCGGCACUGAACGACCACCAGAAGAUCCACACAGGCGUCAAACUCUACAAGUGCAGUGAGUGUGGGAAAUGCUUCUGCCGCAAGUCCACCCUCACCACUCACCUGAGGACACACACAGGAGAGAAGCCCUACGAGUGCAACGAAUGUGGAAAGUUCUUCUCCCGCUUGUCCUAUCUCACUGUCCAUUACAGAACCCAUUCUGGAGAGAAGCCCUACGAAUGUAACGAUUGUGGGAAAACCUUCUACCUGAAUUCGGCUCUCAUGAGACACCAGAGGGUGCACACCGGAGAAAAGCCCUAUGAGUGUAAUGAAUGUGGGAAAUUAUUCUCCCAGUUGUCAUACCUCACUAUCCACCACAGAACUCACUCAGGAGUGAAACCCUAUGAAUGCAGUGAGUGUGGAAAGACCUUCUACCAGAACUCCGCUCUCUGCAGGCAUCGGAGAAUACACAGAGGAGAGAAGCCCUACGAAUGUUACGUAUGCGGAAAGUUCUUCUCCCAGACGUCAUACCUCACCAUCCAUCACCGAAUUCACUCGGGAGAGAAACCCUAUGAAUGCAGGGAGUGUGGGAAAACCUUCUGCCAGAACUCAGCCCUGAACAGACAUCAGAGGACACACACAGGAGAAAAAGCCUACGAGUGCUACGAGUGCGGGAAGUGCUUCUCUCAGAUGUCCUAUCUCACCAUCCAUCACCGAAUGCAUUCAGGAGAAAAGCCCUUUGAGUGCAAUGAGUGUGGGAAAGCCUUCUCACGGAUGUCAUACCUCACUGUGCAUUACAGAACUCAUUCAGGAGAAAAACCCUAUGAAUGUACUGAGUGUGGGAAAAAAUUCUACCACAAGUCAGCAUUCAACAGCCAUCAGAGAAUCCACAGAAGAGGGACAGGGAACGUGAUUGAUGUGGCAAGGCUCCUCUGACGUGAGAGAACCUUUCAUCGUCCAGUCAGCCCUCCACAUCCGUGGGUUCCACGCUCAUUGAUUUAGCCAACCAAAAACAUGACACAAAAGGACUUCCAUCUGUGCAUGCGCAGAUGUCUUCCUUGUCAGUGUUCCCUGAACAAUAGACUAUACAAGCUAUUUACAUAGUAUUAGAUAUUGUAAAUAAUUGAGAGAUGAAUUAAAGUAUCUGGCAAGAUGUAUUCAAGUUACAUGCAACUAUUAACCAAGGGACUUGAGUAUCUGCAGGUUCUGCUCCCCGCAGGGGCUCCUGGAAGCAGUCCCUGUGGGCGCCAAGUGAUGGCAUGUGAGCAAGUGUACGAAGCCGUGGUAUACUAAUUAGAUCCAUCAAGAAACUUACAGGGUGGGAGCCACCUGACUCAUAAAAUACCAGACUGACCAGGAGUGAAAAAAAAAAAAUCUCCCAGUAUUCAAAGCCUUGGAGUUGAACUGCUUUCCACGCCAGGGAAUCCAUAACCAA